AUGCAAGUACGACCUAUGUCAGAUACUACCCCAACGUGGCAUGCCAUGUAUGCACGAAUUCUUGCUAGGCUGCAGCGUAUUACGCCUUGUUUGGUAAAUCCGGGUAGACUCCGCGCGGGAACUGUGCGUCCGUGUUUCUCGAUGCUUAAACAGGACCUCUUUUACAUCAGGUUGUAUUUGGUAGGUCACGACUCUGAGUUACUGUAA